UUGUUUUGUAUAAAGAUCUUUUCAUAAAAAUAUUUAAUUACAAUCAUUACACGAACUAUAUGAGCGUUGCUUUACCUAGAAGAAGCAUUAUUGCACUUUGUUUUACAUGAUGAUUGUGUUUGUAGACAAUCCUCACAGCGAAUUUCCUGCGUUGAAAAAUCACAGCGUUAUGUUUCAUCCUCACUUGUCUAGCUGACCUUUGGAACUGAUUUAAGCUUAUAUUCUUCAACUCGGAUUUGAACCAUUAUAAGUACUAUAGAAAGAAUAAGAAUGGCGCCACAGUUAAGUAAUCGCGUCAACCAAACUAUCAAAGACAGACGGUCACAUCUGAGAAAGCGAAGAACAAAAUGGCUGAAUGUGAAGAAUGUCAACAACGAGACGGUUGUCGGUGAGUCGCAGUUUAAAGUCUCCAGCUCAAGACAACACACUAUGAACAGACUGAGUCUAAUCAGUAAAAGUGACCGUGACAGUUUUAUWCAACUGGGACCUGGAAACGAUGAUUCACUGGACAUCAAAUUCGAAGACCCGUGGGUACCCCGGGUAGUGGCGAACAAAUGUGUUAAACAACAUUCGUACUACGAUCUCCUUCAAACUUCGGAUGAUACUCCAGACCCGCUGGCCGAAAGUACUGCUGUUGAUGAUGUUGAAUUCAGAUCAUAUAAACGACGUUACUGGAUGUUGUUUUUAUUUGCUUUAGUCGCGUUUAGUCAGUACUGUGCAUGGAAUACAUACGGGCCUAUAGCAACUACUGCUAAAUCAGUAUUUAAUUGGUCUAAUACCGAGAUAGCAAUACUUGCCAGUAUGGACCCUAUCACCUAUCUAUUGACUAUGAUGUUCUUUUCGUGGAUGAUGGACGUCAAGGGACUGAGGACGAGYAUACUAGUAUCGACCGCGUUUAUGUUUGUAGGGACUGGGCUUAGGUGUGUGACAUCGGAUUCGCGAUAUGCUAUAUGGUCAAUGGGUGGUGGUCAGUUACUUAAUGGGUUGGCAGGACCUGUCACUCAGGCAGGACCACCAUUACUGUCAGCCCAUUGGUUUCCAUCCCAUCARCGUACUACAGCCACCGCGGUCGCUGCGCUUUGUGGUUCAUUGGGCGUGGCAUUGUCGUUUCUUAUAGGUCCUGGGUUUGUUAGUGAUGUUAAGACAGAAUUAGACCUGCUUCGCCCUAAACCUGUKAACUAUUCGGYUAAUGUUAGUUUUGUACUUGAAAAAUAUGCAGACACUUCGCUUCAAUUGAAAGAUUCMGUGUACAUGGACUCUAAGCAUUAUUGGCCGUUAAAUCAACUCGAUAUCAYYUUAAAAGACAACCCCAUYACUAACGUAUCGCCAGUCUACUGGAGRACCGAGGUCAUGGCUUCCGUCAGUGACGUCAUAGAUGGWCAUAAAGGUCAUGUCCUKGGAAGAACUCGURUUGGACAUGGCGUUGUAAAUGAAAGUAUUUUAACCAAUGGACAAGAUGCCUGGUUAAACCUGGGUAGUUUUACUAGCACUUGUCUUAGUGAUCCAUCUUURUGUGAUAAUGGAUUAACAGUGUCAUUAUGGAUCAAAUAUCACGUAAUGGAUCAGCCAAUCCAGUACUUCCUGGGUACGAGUGGGACUGAGGCGGGUUAUCGUGGUUUUCUUGUCUAUCAAGACUAUCGUAAAGACMCUCGAGAUCACUUGACCAUCAAAGUAGAAAACUCCGAAUUGCUAUGGGAACAUAGCUUUACCGCACCACGUGAUACGUGGUUGCACGUGAUGUUCACGUGGGAUGAACGUGACGGAUUGGUUGUCUAUCGUAAUGGUAGUUUAGUUGGUAUAGAGAGGAAAGCGAGGAAGGCAUAUCCYAUCGACCCCUACUACACAUUUUUAACGGUCGGUCGACCUAAUAAUAAAUACGUCUUUUCUAAUGCUUCGUUUGACGAGAUAGCAGUGUGGUAUCAGAGACUACAACCAGUACAAAUACAAUCGAUAUAUAAUCGGUUAAUCAAUAAAACUCCGAGAGAUGAGAGGAAAUUUUACGAAAAAGCCAAAGAAGACUUGAUUAACAAAGGUAGACAUGAAAUCAUGACGCUCCUUUACAUAGAGUUUGGUGUCAUCACAUUGAUGUUCCUAGCUGUCGUCAUCUACUUUCCUGACAAACCACCUACACCACCCAGCCGGUCAGCAGACAUUAAGAGAGAAGAUUUCUCGGUUGGUUUUAAACAAAUCCUCAGAAAUCCACAGUUUUGGACUCUUGGUUUUGUGUACGGCGUUACUACAGGUGUCUACAGUGGCUGGGGUGCAUCAUUAGCUGUCAAUCUAGAGACUUUCGACAUUACCCAGGGUAAAGCUGCCUGGAUUGGUUUUUAUGCUACUUUGGCUGGAAUUGGUGCUGGUUUGAUACUCGCAAGGUGUGCUUCAUAUAUAAUGAUGAUGAUGAUGAUGAUGUCUGAUAUGUAUAUAUGCUUCACCAAUGUAUUAGGUUCUCUGUACAAAUCCAGUAUUCUCGGAGGAUUCUUUGUCAGUGGAACCAUUCCAUUAUUCUACGAGCUGUCWGUUGAGACAACAUAUCCUGUUGCCGAAGGAGUAACUACUGGCUUACUGACGCUGAUCAAUAACACGUUUACUGUGAUAUUUCUGAUAGUACUAACAAUACCUGGUGUUGGAACCGUUUGGAUGAACUGGUGCAUGUUUGGUGCUUGUGCUGGSUGCAUUCCCAUCAUGCUCUCUUUCCGAGAGAAAUACAGACGACUCGAUAUCGACAAUCAACAGUCGAAUGAAACACCACAAUCGACAUCAACCGACACGAAUAACGAUAAGAUAGCACAGGGGACAUCGGCAUUGGUUUAUGAUAAUGUAGUUGAUGAAACACCGCAAUCGACAUCAACCGACACGAAUAACGAUAAGAUAGCACAGGGGACAUCGCACGGGCUAGUCAUUAAAAUUCCUUAUUUUGUAUAUUUUGGAGGGACAGGAAUCCCAGCCAAUUAUGAGACCUACAUUGGGAAACUAUGCCCAUUUUGA